GUAGACAAUCGGUGUAGAGAAUUACUUCACUCUACAAACACGACAGUACUCUACAGUCUAGAAAUCUAUGGAAUUUUACUUUGUCAACGGCAACAAUAACUCCACUGUACAUCUAGACUCUACCUAACUAACACCACAAGGACCAGUUUGAGACAGCGCUAUGGAAGUCGAGGCCAGCAUUCCCCAGCACAGGGAAGAAGACUUGAGAGCUUUAAUCUACACAUACAACAACUACAAGGCGACGACUGCGUACAAAAAAGGCCACGUGGUCUGCAUGUACCUUGACAACAAAUCUGUGCUGACUUGUACCAUGAGGCAACUCCAGGCUUUGGUUGAUCAGAACACGAACAUUAAUUACAAAUAUAACCGGAAAACUCUUCUCAGCUAUAUAAAUCAAGUGAUUUACAGAGUCAAAAAAUGUUUACCUGGCAAGAUAUGGUCAAACACGCCAGGUAAACAGUGUAUCCCUGAGCAAGAAUGGUCUAACAUACUCCACUUCUUAGAGGAACCUUUCAGAAUCCCUUUUUCCUGGGGGAACUUAAAAGGGAACCAAGCCCUGCAAAAAUUACCCGUGUCCAUUUAUCAGUUAGCACAUGUCUCUAAAGCGUUUAAAGCAGUUCAUGGGAAUAAAGGCGAAGAGUUGAUGGAUGGUGUAUCCACGGAUGAGGGCAGAGCACACGUCUCUAAAGUGUUUAAAGCAGUUCAUGGGAAUAAAAGCGAAGAGUUGAUGGAUGGUGUAUCCACUGAUGAGGGCAGAGCACACGUCUCUAAAGCGUUUAAAGCAGUUCAUGGGAAUAAAAGCGAAGAGUUGAUGGAUGGUGAAUCCACGGAUGAGGGCAAAAAAUGUAUUGCCACACCGGAGGAUGAUGCUUCACCUUGUAUUAACACUAGGAAAUUUAAAACCACAUGCAAUAAGUCUGUUGCCGUGAAUACGGACAGAAAGGUUAACACCGGAUAUAAACGGAAAAAUAAAAAAAUUAAAAUCACACCCAGCAAUGAAGGCGCUAAUCCAGUUGAAACAUCCAACGAUAAAUUAACCGAGAUUAACAAACAGCUACGUGCAAAGAUUGCGAAAUAUCAAAACGCAUUAAACGACCCCAAGAUCAAAAGAUUUAAAUACCUUGACAAGAAAAUUGAGAGACUGCUAGCUCGCAGGUUAAGACGGCGAAUUUUGAUAAAAAAUUUAAAACGCGAUGUUUCAAUUUUACGUUCAAAACAUCAAAAGCAAGCUGCCGCCCUAGAUUCUUAUGAAAAACAUUUGCAAACACAGCGGCAGAAAAUUGAUGAGUUAAAAAUAGACUAUGAGAAGAAGAGCCUAGAGCUGGACAUGUUGCAAAAAACAUUUAAAGAACAGUUUCACUCUAUAAAUAGACUGAAGAGAGAGUUGGUGGAUGUCAGGAAAUUGUCUGACAACGCCCAGUGUGAGCUAGAGGAGGCUAGGGAGGAGCUUAUUAGGGAGGAACUGGCAGAGGGAGGAGCUUAUUAAGGAGGAACUGGCAGA